AUGGCUUGCAGCUGCACCCGGCCCAACUACAAGGGCCCCGGAGUGGGAAUAUGGGCUUUGGCUCUGUCUUUGGAGUUCGCGUUGGGGGUUUUGAUGGUUUAUUUGGGCUCGGACGCGGCGCCGGACCCGGUGAGCAGCCUGGAGAACUUGGACGGAAACUUGAAGGAUCUGCUGCUGAACGGCAGCGCGGCGAAGGCCGUGGCCAUUAUGGGGUGGUUUCACUUGGUUUUGGCCGCGGCUUGCGGCGUGUUCGUCACUCUCGGGCUUUUCGUCUGCGGCGUCUUCCUCUGCCCCCUCUGCAUCUUGGGUUGGGUUCAAACGGCUUUCUGCGUGAUUUCCACCUUCGUCACUGCAGCAUAUUUGCGCAAGUACCUCGACGUUGCUGCAGCGGCAGUCACGGGCGACGCCCCCGAGGAGAUCUCCGCAGAUGUCUUCUUUGCACAACUCAACAGCCCCAGUCUUCUCCUCUCCUCCGUCCUUUCCUUCGCCUCCGCCGUCGUCUUGUCCAGAGCUGCCAAGGUCAGCAGCGGCGAGUCCGUCCCGGGAGCUGCCCUGAUGGUGUGGAGCAUGGGUCUGUACGCGACGAUAGGGGCGUUUCUGGGGGCUGGGGGCGGCGGCGUGGCGCCCACGCCGGCGCUCACGACGCUGUGGGUGGCGCUGUGCGUCUUGGGGGCGAUCUUGAUGAACAUUCGGGCUUGUUGCUGCGAAAAGAUUUGCAAUAUUCUUAUGAUAGCCCUCUUCGGCGUGGGGGCUGUGCUGGCCUUCAUAACUGCUGUUGUCUUCGCCGAAAUCUACGCAGCUGUGGUGGCCGACCCGCUGGCCAACGCCGAACACGCGCGGCUCUUCGUUGUCAUGCAGUCCGGCAUAGGCCUCGUAGUGGCUGCAGUGCUUUCGCUGGCGGCCUGCGUGACUUCGCUGCUGGCCACGGCCUACGCGGCGCGUUCGCUCAUUUGCUGCGGCGACGGCGUCAGCAGCAGCUGA